AAGAAGGAGAAUAGCCAGACGAGAUACGCUGUGCCUUCCUUUGAAGAAAUCUGCGGACCGGCUUGUGUUUUCUCCUCGUCCGCUUUGGUCAGUCACAAGCUCGCCGUGGUCCGAUCAACCUGAUUUUUCGCUCGAGAGUGGUCUCCAGUUCGUGAGUUUCGAAUCAAGUGUGUUUACCUUUUUGUUUUCGUUGGAACCCGGAAUUCAAGUUGCUAAUUCUCAUUCACUGUUCGUCAUCUGCUCGUGAGUUGAUAAUUAGAACUGAUCCACAUUUUCUAGUGUACACAAACUAAUGCAGUGGAAGAGUGACUGGAGUUUUUCGUGUGUUUUUAUGGAAUUUCCUUUUCCAUUGCUUAUUGUAAAGUGCGAUCUUGAAGUUUAUGAUGACACAGGAUUUUAAGUAUCUUAUAUGGGUUUUGUUUUAAAUAAAAUGUGGCCCAAGAAAUGCUGUCGUGGUGUGUCUGACCUUCGUGUCUAUAAUUCGUCCUUACUUUAAUAUGGAUAACAUCAGAGAGUUGAAGAGAUGUUUUGAAGAUGUGUGGCCACAGUAUGGUUUUACAAUCUUGUGUAAGGCACACCAGUUACCAUGUGGAGGUGCAGGGCAGCCUCAGCGCGCCCGGUGCAGGAAAACACCUCAUAGCGUCUCGCUUCCGCCACGACGCCAGCUCCAAGCAUCCACCUACUAUCGUUACAGUUGCAGGUGCGGGAGACUCUGGUGGCGCAGAAAGAGCAGAACCAAGUACAGAGGUCCGUGGUGGCGUUGGCCUGCAGUGAGCAUCUUCGUUACUUAUUCCGAGGUCCAUGAUUGGGUCAGUGUAGAUAAGGAUGACGCUCAGCGGAGUGAUACAACACCGUGCCAUGUGACGCGGCGUGCUCGUAUUGUAGGAACUGACCAACUCUGUUACAAUUCUGAUUCCUCACUCUACAGCAAAAUGCCUGUCGGAUUUGAAAACUCGGCUCUGAAGAUGAGCUUCUCCCUGUCCUCGCUGCAGCGCUCUAGUGGCAGUCUAGAGAGUCCUGAGCACGCGAGACUACGGGCAGAGAGGCCAUACAACAGUCUCACGAAGAAACCACGGAAAGAUCCUGAGCUGGAUGCCUGGCGUCGGUCGUGGGGUUACAGCGUUGAGAACAAGGAUGAGUUCUGGGCGGCGCUAAAGCCAGACUACUACUAUCUUAUGGACAAUAACCUCAUUGAGAGCUGCAAGGAGGCAAGUGGUGAACUUUCUUGGGAUGAGAAGGAUGUAACAGCAGCUUCCUACACCUGGAGCUUCAGUGAAUUCCUCAAACAGUUCUCUGAACUCUAUUCUUGGCUCAAUAGCAUUCAAGAGGCUGUGUAUGGAAAGGAAGAGAAUGUCAUUGACAGGAGUCUCAGGGUUAGUCACGUGGAGGAUAUGCAGCACAAGGUAUAUCGACGCAAAUUGUUCAAUGACCAGGCAAACAGACUCUUACGUCGAUGUCCAGACAUGCGUGAUGAAGUUAUGUGGAGGAUGGCUCGCCUCAACUCCAAAUGGGAGAUGCUGGAGCAAGCCAUUACCCCGUGCAAGAGCAACCCGGGCCAGCUGGACGUGUGUACAGAUGUGGAACAUGAAGUGAAGUGUCUGAGAAAGUGGAUCCGGGAUAUGGAGUCGCGCCUGCAGCCGCUGGACUUCCGCGUCGGGGACGGUUGGAGCCUUCAGGAACUGGAAGAGAAAGCUUGGGAACACAUGGUGGUGCAGCGGGACGUGGAGUCGCAUGGCAAGAUCGUGUGUUCCGUGGUAAAACUGUGCGAGAAGAUCGGAAGUUCCUGUCCUGCGACUCUCCGCACCAAGGGACACUACGAUACAGCGCAUGCGCAAAGCGUGGCUCGCAACUUGGAGCGACGCUGGCAUCAUCUCUACUUGAGGUCUCUGGAGUGGCAGUGCCAUCUGGAAACACUUGCAGGAAAACUUCGCAAUAAUAGCCCGACAGGGGUGCAGGUGUCAGAUAGUGACGAGGAACCAGUGAGUAAAGCACCGAGACUUAGCGGCGACAACCAUAGUGACAGACUGACGGACGACGGGUCGUACUUCGAGGAUGAUUUGGAAGAGCUGUGUGUGAUGGACACAAGUCCACCAUCUGCGGAAUCAUUAAUUCGAAUUCCUGGUGACACUGAGGGAGAGCAGGCCGCAGGAGAUUGCUUCUCUGAGGAAGCAGAUCCGUCUGUUAUCAUGAUUGUCCCCUCAAGUGACGUAAAUAAUCCUCAUAAUCAUCAAAGGAUGUGUUCCGCUGCCAUCGCUCCGAAUAGUGAAAUGACGAUGCACGAAGGUGAGACCGAAAGCAGAGAAGGAAAAAUUGGCGCCAUUGAUAUCGACGAAAAUCGUUACAGUGGACAUAAGGAGGGAGUAGCACGUGAAAGGAUGACUACGUUUGGUAGCCUUGGGACAGGUUUGCCAGAGAUGAGCUAUUUUGGGGAAGACAUUUCGAGAUUCAAUACGUCUAACCGUAACGGUCGAAAUCUUGCCACCUUUUACAUGAAGCACAGUGACACGGAUUCUGAUCAGGCCGUCAGUAGAUCAGAGCCAGAGAGACUCGCGGACAUGAAGUCUGUUGAGGACUCAUCUGCUGAUGAAUGGACUUAUAAACCGGGAAGCGCAUCUCCUGUUAGAAUGAAUGGAACGACGUAUGGUUCAGGGUCUUCGUCAGAAACAACUUCUUCUGUCAGAAAACACGGUGGUAUAAAGAAGAGAUUGGACUUUGGAAGUGCAGUUAACAGCAGUGAUGUGGACAGUGAAGUGAAUGGGAAACAUGUCUCCAGCAACAAAGGUGACAUUGCAGGUUCUCCGGGAAGGCUGUAUAGAAGGAAUAGCCUGGAAACUAUAAAUAGACUGGUCAGUCAGGCGGAAGAGAUGGUUCGGGAGGAUGCAUCACCAGAGAAGAUGGCUGCAGCUGCGAGAGCCGCUAGGGAGUUCGAACCAUUUGUGUUCGAUAGUGAAGGGAAUGUGUCUGUUAGUUCUCGAGCCAAAUAUGCUAGCAUCAAGCAGUGGCUUAAAGCUGAUGCAAAGUCUCUGUUGCAGCCUGCGGACAGUUGCGAUGCGAGUGGCGAAUACACGACAGGUGACUCUGAUGAAGAGAAGGAAUCACAGUCUUCAGACGAGUUCAAUGGCAGCGUCGCCACUUGUCGGCAGCUCGUCGGUGGCUUUAGCGCUUCGGCCGAGGCUGUACCUGACCCAGAGACGACUCCCGUCGCUGAGCGAACCCUGCCCCUCUCGCCUGAACACAGUAUUACCAAAGUUGUAUUAAGAAGUAAACGUCGACAAGUUACUGGAGAGCGUCCAUGGAGUGUUUCUGGCGUUUCCCAGCUGGGAGGCAGCACACCACAGGCAAAAAGCGAACCUCUCGCUCACUUCUCAAUCUCAGAGUCGGCCUUGCAUCAGAUGAUUACAGCCACGCCACCUACGGGCAAGAGUGGGUCCGGCGUUAAUCUCUCGUCAACGACAAUCGACGAAGCCGCAAUGCUCGCCGCAGAAUGCUCUGGUUCUCGGAAUGGUUCGCUCCGCAGGCGCAAAGUUCGACUUCGCAAGAGAACCAUCGUGAGUUACGUGAUGGAAAUUUUAUUCCAGUAUUACUUUGAUUUAUAACAUGUUUAACAUCGGUUACGUGGAGAAUCAUCGAUACCACUCAGACUUUUGCUUCUGGUUACAUUCUACGAUCGUACUGUUAUCUGUUUGGAUUGAUAAAAUGUGCAGUAUCUGAAGCAAAUGGGGUUCUCCUCCUCCUCCAUCUUUCUUCUUCUUCCCCUUCCCCUUCUCCUCCUCCUUCUCCUCUU